GGUUGUUUAAUGUAAUAUUGUUUCAAUCCUUAAGGUAUCCGCUGUGUUGUGUGAUGAUGAGGUGAUGUUGACAAUCAAACCAGGAGAGCAUGGGUCCACUUAUGGUGGAAAUCCACUUGGAACAAGAGUAGCCAUCACUGCACUCAAGGUUCUCGAAGAAGAAAAACUGGCAGAGAGAUCAGAAGCUUUAGGCAAAAUAUUACUUGGGGAGAUGAAAAAGCUAAACCCAGAAGUUGUAGAAUUAGCCAGAGGAAAGGGGCUCAUGAAUGCCAUAGUAAUCAAGCCGACAGAGAAAUAUGACGCAUGGAAAGUUUGCCUAAAACUCCAAGAUAAUGGUCUUCUUGCCAAGCCAACACAUGACCACAUCAUCAGGUUUACACCCCCUCUAGUUAUCACUGAGGAAGAGCUACAAGAAAGUAUCGACAUUAUUAGAAAAACCAUUGAUUCAUUAGUUUAGUUCUACUGUUUCACGUAGUUGGCAUAAUUUGAGUAUAUAAUAUUAGUCAUCUUUGUGUUCUGAUAAUAUAUUUUUGAAGAUAAGAAAAUGAGAAGUAUAAAAAUAUGAUAUUUUGGAACUCUGAAAUCAACUACAGCAAUAAAAAUUCGUAAUGAUGAAAAGGUAAAUCAUACACCGUGAAAAGAUGAAAAAACUUACUGACGUUUCGGACGCUAGUCCUUCGUCGGAGUAAAAAAGCAAUUUACCUUUAAUUUAAUUUACCUUUUCAUCAUUACGAUAAUGUCCCUUUUAAUGUUUUUUCAUCUUUUCACGGUGUAUAAUUUACCUUUUCAUCAUUACUGUUUCAUUAGAAACACCAAUGCAGCUCACACUAGUCUUUAGCUAGUUAUAGCAAUAAAAAAUCCUAAAUUUAUAAUCUUGAUGGCAUCUGUGUUGGUAUUUUUGGUGACAUUGCACCAGUACAGCAUUGUCAUCAAGAUUCUAAAAGAAGGACUUUUUUUGUUAACAUUAACACUGAGCACAUUACGUCUUUGUUUUAUUUUGUUGGGCUUGUUCUGUUUGUUUGUUAAUAGUUGCACUCCAUUUGUUAAAGUUUAGUAUGGUUUUAAGUAAUAUUUUAUUUUCCUUCUCACUUAGGAGAAAUUAUUAUUUUAAUGUUUUGGUGUACCAGUUUCAUAGAGAAAUUGAAAAAAUAUGUAUUUUUUUCUUUUAUAUUAGUUAGGAAGAUAUCUUUAAUUCCAAAUUUGUUUUAGUAAUCGAGAUGGGGGAAUCCUAGUCCAAUACAAAUCAAGUUAAUUUGUAGCCACUUUUUUCUUGAUUACUGAAGUUAAUUUGAGAAAGAAAGAUUAAAGACCUUUAGCUUAGAACUUGAUUUCAUUAAUGUUAAUGCUAAAUCAGACAUUUAGAGUACUGUUACUAGAACAAGUGAAAGAAAGAAAGAAAUGUAUGGUUGGACUAUUCUAUACAUCAAGACUUGGCUACUUCUACAUGUGUAAGACAAAGACUAAUGAAUUACAACUGAGGACUGGAAUCCAAACUAUAUUAGACUAUAUGGGAAUAACAAGAAACCUGAUGCACAGGUCAAACUGUGAAGAGCAGCAAACCAAUACAAGUACAUACUACAAACACAGACGAGGGAUACACCACUCAGAUGCCGAGGAAGUAUUAUAAAGCUGUCACUUGUGAUGGUUUUACAAGAAUAUUAACAGAUUAAAGACACAACAAACAAGACUAAUAUAAUAACAGACAUUCACAUGACUAUAAAUUAAAAACUCGUCCAUGUGAUGAGGRAGAAGAAGAAACAAGAAGAAGAAAAUUACUUGGUUGGUUUGAAGUAAAUAUUGCCUCACCAUUCAAGUGAAAAAACCCAAUACUGUGCAUACAAGAGACCAUUGAAAACCAUAGACUACAACAAUGACAAUAACAACCAUAUACCAGGAGCAACAGCAGCCACCACAGAAGCAGUAAAUUGUUGCAAAUAUGAUAACCAUAUCAACCAUUACCAUCACCUUCAAAAACAAGAAAGCAACAACAGUGAUCGUCAAUAAAAAAAGGCAACAGCAGCAACAAUGAAUCAACAGCAGCAACAGCACAACAAUUCAUUACUGUGUGGAGGAGGAGGAUGAACCUUGAACCUUGCACUAGAUAAAUUUUGCUUUAUUGGUAAUAUGGAAACGAUUAUCUACAUAAGUCUAGAAGAGUUUACAUGACAAAAUGACUAUAACAAGCAACUACAGCAACAGCAAUAUACAACAGCAGCAACAACCUUCAACAGAUUGCAGCAUAUGCAACAAGCUUGAAGUUAUGAUGAUGAUGAAGAUUGAUGAUGACAAAUUCACACUGUCGGUGCGAAAAACACAGUUACUGAGACAACUGACACUGAGAAACAACUACAGCCAAAACAGCAACAACAACCAAAACAGCAGCAACAACUAAAACAGCAACAACAACCA